CUUGUGCUGAACUCAGAACGGUUUCAGACGCCUGGCGGGCUGGGUGUGCUGUGGAGGACACAUCCAGAGCGUCUCUGUCGACAUGGAUACAUUUUUGUUCUUCGAGCCGCAGGGUCGUCGGUGGACGCCGCGCCGUGAGAUCGGCACGUUCGGGCCUGUGCAGGUCUGGGACCCGUGGUCGGCGUUCGGUGAGAUUGAUGGACCCGUGUGGCGUCCCUGUGCACACGGGCAGGGCGUGCGGCCGCAGCAGUGCCUCAGAGCACAGCCGCAGAAGGAGGAGUCCAAGAAGCCGGAAGGCUUUCACCUGACACUGGACGCCGCCGGCUACCGGCCGGAGGAGGUAAGCGUUAAGCUGUCUGACAACGUUGUCACCGUGCGCGCCCACCACCGCGAGAAGACCGGCGGCGGCCUAAUCAGCAGCAGCCUUGUGAGGAGGGUGCGCUUGCCGGAGCACGUGGACGCCAGCGCGCUGACCUCGCGUCUGACCCGGUCCGGUCAGUUGGUCCUGGAGGCGCCGCCGGCCGGCGCGCCGGCUCUGGAGCUCUCCGAAGGUGACAAGAAGCCUUCAGUGACAGCCGCCGCCGCAUCAGGGGAGGGCAGCACCGAGGAGAAGCAGCCGGAGGCCGCUGAAGUCGGCGAGGCGAAGGCCGACGCCGCGAAGACAGCCAAGUACCAGGUCUCUGUGAACGUCAGCGACUUCAAGCCGGAGGAGGUGACCGUUAAGGUGGACGGCGGCGUGGUGAUCGUGGACGCCGUGCACGAGGAGACAUCGGAUGAGGGCUGCUCCAGUUCCCGUCUGCUGAGGAAGUUCGCGCUGCCGCGGCACGUGAACCCAGACCAUGUGACCUCGCGGCUGACUCAGGCCGGUCAGCUGAUGGUGGAGGCGCCGGUGACGGCCGCGCUCCAGCCGCCUAAGGAGGGUGCCGUAGAGACGGAGGGGGCGCAGCCGGCCGCACUCCAGUAAGGCAGCCGUCGGCGGGCCGCGGCCUUCGUCUUAUCUUUCAGCAGUUGCUUUUGCUGUUCAGCCAAGCAGCGUUGGCGUGGAUCGGCAUUUAGAGCGGAUACGCGUUUAUUUGCCACGAUAUUGUUAUGUCUUUAAAUGAUGCUCGCAAAUACAUGAUUUUGCUUCAGA